GCCUGUCGUACAAGCGUUCAUACACAAAACACUGGAGCGGUCGCUGUCUACCAAAAAUUCUGGAAAAGAACUGUGAACUGUGACUGCAGAAACUUAGAGGAUUACAUUGUUUAUUUUGAAGAAAAGCAAGCGAACAUGGAUUUUCUCAAUCAUAACUAUUUGAAUGCGCGAAGCCCCUAUGACUACACAUUCAAUUUUUGGAACGACUAUCUUGGUCUAUCGACGUUGGUCACCAAGAAUAACAGGCACAGUAUGCCACAGAGUCCCAACUCAAUCACCGAGUCUCUGAAAGCAACGCUGGGCUUGGAUGACUCUCCGACAUGUGCGUGCGUAAUCGCGGCCAGCGGUGAAGCGGUGGGCCUGGACUGCUGUUGUCCGUCCGCGAGCCCUCCACCUACCACCAUCCUUGACUUGAAGGAGCGCUUCUCAAUCCUUAACCCGUUUCAAAACCAAAUCGCUGGUGUUCCGUUCCCAGAGAGGGACUUGAGUCUUGGGGGAAGCAUGGCGGGAUUUGAUCUGUUCGGCAUGGAGAGGAAGAUGCGCAAACCAACUUCCAGGAAUAAACAGGAGCCCAAAAUCUGCGUCUUCUGCCGGAAUAACGGUGCGCCGGAGGAGGUGUACGGCUCCCACGUUCUGAAGACUCCGGACGGGAGGGUUGUGUGCCCUAUUCUCCGGGCAUAUACCUGUCCCCUUUGCAGUGCUAACGGGGAUAAUGCCCACACAAUUAAGUACUGUCCACUCUCCAAAGAUCAACCAUCCCAGAGACCAUUAAAGGGAGGUAGGGCAGUGGGUGGUAAGCGAAUGAAAAUAUUCUAGAGAGAUUUUUUAACGAUUAAAUAAACUAAAUUUAAUUGCACUGAACAAUUUUCAGAUGACUGUUUCGAUUGCGGCCAUAGCUUAUAUCUCAGUCCAAACUGAUAAGGCUAUGAUUUCUUAAACAAAACAAAAAAAACUAAAAUGGAUUAUAUUCUUGUUUUCCAAGAUCUGGUAUAUUUUUAUAGUUACUUUAUUCACAUAGUUUAUUUUAUGAGUUAUAAUUUACGUUUAUAUCUUUCUUAGUGUGUAGCCAUAUGAUUGUUCAUAUGAGAUCACAUAUAAUCGCAGCGUGUGAAUAAAUGAGAGAUGAGAAGGAUGUUCCGUGUAGGGAAGACAUAGUUUUGCAGCGGGUGUGACUGUCAUGUUUUCACAAGUAUUCUUUACCGUAUGCUAAGCUUACUUGUUUAUCUGUCUUUGAAAACCAAAGUUAUGUUUGCCAUUAAACAAGCUCAAGAAUGUUCAAUUAAUGAAAUCUAUUCACAUUCAAAUUGUAUGUAUGACUAGGGUAUAACCCCCGUUUCCUCAUUCCUCUCUCUGCCUGCUCGUGCACCACAUCAUUUCCAGCUCGCUCUGAAGUUGACAUUUAAUAUGUGUAGACCCCCCUCCCACCUCAACAACACAAUGUAGCCUCUGUUAUGCCCCCUGUUCUCUGAGUAACUCCAUAAUCAGUGUUGCCAAGCCAAAUAAUUUUCAACUCCAAUGUCACGGACAGUCAUCACCCGAGUUCAUGAACAGCCAGUACCCCAAUAUAGAUUAUAUUAAUGUUUACAUUCUGAAGAUAGAGUAACACACUGGAUAAAGCUUUUUUUUUAAAGUAUUUCUUUCAUUAGACUUUCAUUUUUCAAUAACAGCAAUAUAAAGUUGUUGUUGACAAUGUCCUAUAAAAUGUUCACCGGAGAACUGAGUGCUCAGCAAAGGACAAAGGAUAGAGACAAGCGCAAAUGAUUGUUAUUAAACAAGCUUUUCAUAAACAAUGUA